AUGAUUUUAUUUGGAUUAACGAUAUUAAUAUUUAACUUACACGCUAUCAUAGCGGAUACAUUUAAUAAUCAAUUUUUUUGCCCGGAUUAUCAUCCGCAAAGAACUCUCGAUUUGGAUCAGUUGAUGGGAGCUUGGUACAUAAUUGAAAUAAUACAUCACAAAAGAGAUGAAGGUAUGGUACACGGAUCUAUAAGCCUAAAGGUUUGCCCACAGAUAUUCAUAGGUCGUGAAAGUCGAAGCGAUAUGAGACUCAUAUGGAAAGAACCGUCGGCAACGUUUUAUUAUAAAAUAAGAUUGGAUAAUCAUAAUAAUCCAGGUUCAUGGAUAUCAUCGGGUCCGCAUAACGAAUCUUCGACGUCGAGUAGUUUUUUUACACAUUUCACGGGUACCAUACAAGUUAUGAAAGCUGUUGGUAAUCACAUGGCAUUGACAUUUUGCACAACUCAAAACGACAGAUCCCUUUUUAGCGUUGUUCUAUCAAGAGAAAGAAAAUUAUCGAAACUUGAAAUACGUGGUGUUAACAACAUGCUACAGAGAAGAGGACUCGAACCUUUAUUAUCUAAAUACACGUGUAGUAAUUGUGACGUAAUAAAACCUUUUCUAACCUUUCUUUUACUUAUUUCAACCUUUCAAUUUUUCCUUUAA